AGUACUUCCUACGAUGCGGCUGGGUUAAUCUUCACCAGAAUGUUCGUAUUUACCUGAGUGUCAUUAUCUAAUACAAUGAAGCAUAUUUACUUUUUUUCUUGGAAGGAACUUCUACGCAAAGGUCCAGAACCCAAUGCCAUGGGACUAAGAGAGCAUUCAAGCCCUGAACCGAGGAAUUCUUCGAAGCCCUGUUCCAUUACUCCCCUGGACGAUUUCAGGGAUCUGAGUAGAGACGAGGAAAAAAUGAAAUUCCAUCAGGGACACCAGAAGCCUUCAGACUCUACCAGCCAAGAUAUUUCGGUGAUUGACUUACCUCUCUUGGGGACGCCAUCAAGACGGAAUGGUUCUCUGAUAUUCGAAAUCAAUUCAGGAAAGCGAUCACAAGUGAAUAAGACAUUCGAAGUCCUGCUCACAGGAACCUCCAUUGAAAGUAUUGGAGAUUUCUUGACUGGGUUCUUCAACGUCACCUUGGGUGUGACCUCCAAGGAUACCCAUCGCUAUGGUCUUGAGAAGGUACUUCGAGAAAAUAAUGACAUCGUCCUUCUUGAGAGUACUAUCACUAGCUCUAUCGAGUGA